GAGCGUCGAGCAAAAACCACAACUUUACGACGAAUUACUGAUACCAGAAGGUCUGACCGUGGGAGAGAAAAUUUGUGGAUUACUUUUCGCAGAUUUGGUAAUAUUACCACAGUGAAAACUUUGAUUUCGAAAGGUCAAAAUGUUUAUCAGAACAGUUGUCAUCUUGAUUGCCUGCCUUGUUUGCCUUUCUUCCGUGGAGUGUCAAGUCACAGAGCAGAACGAUCCACCGGACUGGUUUUAUGUAUGUAGCGGCAUGCCAGUACUCACCUGCCGAUUUGGCUUUGUCUUAAACAUUAUCGGAAUUUUUAAUGGCGUCAUUGCCGAUGGCUGUUCACCAAACACGGCAGAGAAUGCAGAGAAAGUGUGUGAACAAGAAUUCAGCAGUUCAGUUGUGGGAUUUCAGAAGAGAGCGUGUAACAACAGAACAUGGUGUACUAUCUUUGAUUACACUGGUUAUACGGUCUGCCCUGACAAAACAGAGAUGCCUACAAAUUUUGGAGCGAUUCACUAUCAGUGCCUAUUUGUUGGCUACGAAGGGAUGAGUUCUCCGCCAACCACAACCACGUCUACAACCACAUCCACCACAGCUGCCACCACAACCGUGAAAACAACAACAAAAAGAACGCCUGUCCCAACAACCACGUCAAAGGCAACAACAACAACAUCGCCAUCAACAUCUGCUAAACCUAUGACUACUACUGGCCAGACUGUGAAAUCAACAACCGAUGGGGGCACUGUUACAACACCAACUCGGUCAUCGACUCAGACUUCCACUACUAAGAGUGUUGCCGUAGGCGCCAGUGCUUUGGAAGAGGAAGAGAAAACCAAGUUGAUUGUUGGAGUUAGUGUCGGAGCUGUGGUUCUUAUACUCAUCAUCAUCUUCCUCGUAGAGUGCAAAAGGCAAACACGAGAACGGAAGGCGCGCAGGGUGGCUCGUUCUGCCGAGAAAGCGGAUGACAGAGAGAUGGGUAUCCAGCCUUUGACGGACGCGGAAAGAGCCGUUAUGACAGGGGGCCACUUGGUGUACAGUGAAGAGAACAGCAUCAUCCCUGUGGAGCGCGAGAGGAAGUACAAGAAGAAAAGUGAGACAAACAGGGCCUAUGAAAACACCGAAGAGUUUCUCCAGCCGCAUUCUGAGCAAAGUAUGGAAGAAAAUAAUGGUCACUUAAACGGUCACCGCGAUAGCGGGGUCAGCACGCUGUUUGCCGAAGAUGGCAGCAACGAGAGGGCAGACGACAAUCAGGACGACAAGACCGGGAGUGACGUAGAACCGGACUCUCCUGUCUCUUCGAACAACGAUCCGUCCCAGCGCUCCCGACAUGUGUCAUUCAGUGAUAUGGCCAUCAACACCGAUAUGAGGGCCAUUAAUGGACAGUUUGGUGAACACGUAUAUGACCAUCCCACAACCGUACCGUCCUCACAGAGCGCUGGCAACCCUGCCCUAGACCCUUCUGUUGCUGGGCCGGUAAGCGAAAACGAGGUACUUUAUUGAUCAUCAAACUGUCGCUCUACUUCUCUGAUUCGUCUGCAUGGUUUAACUGCUAGUUUCUCGACUGACCCUAAAGUUUUAGAUGCACCACUAGUUUCUGUGUUUGGACAUACUUGCAUCAUUCGGCUAAGUUGGUUACACCAUUUGUACUCAUGGGUUCUCAUGAUUUAUGCUUACCAGUAUAAUUAAGCGCCAAAUAUGUAAGCUAAUAAACCUGUUAAGCCUAGCUGUUC